GAACACAUUUGAACUGCUGCUGUCAGCUGGAAAUUCGAUAAUUUCUGCGUUUUUUGAACUUCGUAAUUCGUUUCGUUUCAUUUAAUAUAUUUGAAUGGUGCUGCAGUAUAUGUGAUGCAAGAAUAAAGUGUUCAUAAUAGUGUUCUGAUUUGAAGUAUUCAUACAAUAACUAAUAUUAAAAUGCCCGUAGAAACUAUAGAUUAUUCUGAAAGAUAUAAUGAUGAUGUUUACGAGUACAGGCACGUUCGCCUACCACCAGACAUGGCCCGUCUAGUGCCAAAGUCCCAUUUAAUGACUGAGACAGAAUGGCGUAACCUCGGGGUCCAACAGAGCCCUGGCUGGCAACACUUCAUGGUACAUAAUCCUGAGCCACAUGUACUAUUGUUCCGUAGACUUAGGACUGAUGUACCACCCGCUAGGAAUUUAGAAGAAAGGUUAGACAAUGUCAAUGAUGCAUCACUUAGUAAAGUAAAGUGUUAGUAAAAGGUCUAUUCUGUGCAAAUAAUCUAAUAGUAUAUGUACAGGGUGUCCCAUAAUUAAUGGAUAAAACGCAAAUGAUAGAUACACCACCUAAUUAUCUUAUCAUUGAUAUGAUAUUUGUUGCUACUUGUUGAUUAGAGAAUUCAAUAAAAUAUUCAGUAUAUUUAAAUUGCUUUUAACAAGGAGAUCCAUAAAGGAGUGGAGAUUUGUUUUUAUAAUAUAAGGAUUAAGCUCGUGCUUGCACGCUCUCACCUGAUGUUGAUGACAUAGGGAUGGAAACUUCAUGCAGUGCAAUGGUAAAAAGGUGACAUUGGUGGUGGAAAAAUAAUUGUUGCACUCUAAGCUUUUUCUAUGAAACAGAUGAAACAUUAUUUAUAAAAGUAGUAUCAUGAUACAUUAGUAAUUCAAUUCGCAGUAUUUAAAAAAAAUCAGAUCCUUUAAAUCGUAAUUACAGCAGCUACAGCAUUGAAAAAACUGAUUCAAGAUGAAAAAAUUUGCUAAAUCUGAAAAAAAAUAUGACUAGGAAUUUUUUGAAAACUAAUCAAAUUAAUUUUAGAUAAUUAGCUGGUGUGUCUACCAUUUGUGUUUUAUCCAUUAAUUAUGGGACAACCUGUAUAUAGUGGGCUAUUCACUAACUUCAGAGUGGUAACUCAAUCAGUUUAAUAUUAUAUUAUAUUAAAGUAAUUAGAUGAGAGUUAAUUAGAUAGAUUUUUUCAAAAAUGCUGCUGUUGAAGUCCAUACAGAAAUUUUCAAAUCCCUGUAAGAAUAUGAAUCACUUGUUAGCUUUCAUCAUUUAAACCCAUAUUCGGUUCACAGCUGAGCUCGAGUCUCCUCUCAGAAUGAGAGAGGUUUGGCCAAUAAGUAAUCCACAACGCUGGUCCAAUGCAGAUUGGCAUGCUAGCUUUAAAGGUAAUUAAUAGUGAUCAAGUUAGUGAAUAGCCAGAAUGAUGUGAAAAUUUCACUAAUAUUCCAGGCACUAAGGUAAUUGACGUCAAAAUUAAAAUAUGUGAUGUCUACAUUGACAUUUAUUGUAACAUCAUAACAAUUAAAGUAAAACAACAAGCAUUAAAAAAAAAACAUUUUUAAUAAUUAGGGUUAAUUUAAUGCUAUUGCAUAUAUUUAUAUAUUAUAUUUAAUGCUAAUAGAGUGCCUGACAUAAAUUUUAUUUUAUUUUUCAACAAUUUUCAAGAUUUACCCAAAAAUAUUAGGGGUGAAUUUCACUUAUUAUCUUGUAAGUAAAAAAAAAAUUCUAUGAAGGUAAGACGUUUUUAUUACCCCAAUCUAUAUUUACCUAAUGCUCCUCAUAAUGAUAUAAAUAUUUUAAUUACUAGUAGACUUGUGAAGCUAGCUAAUUUUAAGAAAGUCAGACACUGUUUCAAAAUUUUUUUCAGCUAUUAUUUUAUUUAGCUUUGACAAAAAAGAGAGUUAUAGGUAAACCAAAAAUUCUUCUCUUUAAGAAGAAAAAGUGUUUAUUGUUUAAUCGGCAAUAAACUUAGAUAUUUCUAAAGUAACAGAUACUUUUUUAUUAUUUGUAUCCAACUUUGAAUUUGGGUUUUAUGAUUAUUAUAAUAGGUGCUUAAAACUUGUAUGAGGUAUGUGGCCUUAUGACUGAUAUAGUAUUUACUUUAUAGUGAAAACUUGAAAAUACUUAAAUGAAGGAUUGUCUAUUAUUUAAUUAACUAACCAGUUAACCCUCAUAUUCAAGUUUUUGAAGAAAAGCUAGUUAAAAAUUUAAGUGAGAAUAUUAAAUAUGCCUUACAUGUUGAAUUUAAAUAGUGUAUUUCAUAAAGUUAAGAUGUGUAUAGGACAUAGCUCUGACCAGAAAAUAAAUAACCAGCCAAGUGCGAGUCGGAUUGGCGCAAGAAGGGUUCCGUAGGUACCUAUAUCUAUUAAAACGGCAAAAAGUAUUUUAUUCUGUCUUGUAUUUGUUGAUAUAGCGGCAACAAAAAUACAUCAUCUGUAAACAUUUCCAGUGUCUAUUCAUCCUGCUUAAAGUCGAACGGAUGGACGACAGUCUUAGAAUUAGGGUUCAGUUUUACCCUUUCCGUUCAUAAAACAAUGGGACCACCCCGACCCUUUCAAACAAAACAAGAAUUUUCAAAAUUGCUGGACAUACAUAAAAAAAAACAUACAUACAGCCGAACGUAGAACCUCCUCCUUUUUGGAAGUCGGUUAAAAACCAGGAUGGAGGGCGCCCCAAGUACUGUUUAUCGCAUCCCAAAGUGCUAGUAGACAAAAUUAGUAUUUUUUUCCCGCAACAUGGAGAGGUUUUUAUGUUUCUGGUCAGGCCAUAAUUUCAGAACGAAUUUUAUAAGCUUCCUAAUAAUAAUUGUUAAUAUAAUAAAUUUAUACAUAAAAAGUUAGAA